UUUGCAUGUGCGGAUAUUAUGAACCUCGGCUAUCCUUUCUGGGGAUCAAAUCGGCCCGAAUAUUGUGGGUACCCGGGUUUCGAGUUGAACUGCAGCGGCGAUCUCCCGCAGCUUAAUGUCACGAACAUGUAUUACCGAGUCCUUAACAUCGAUGACGCGGCGCGGAGUCUCCAGGUUGCUAGAGUGGAUUACUGGAACACGACUUGUCCUGCUACUUACGCUAAUACAAGCAUAGAUAGCAGUACCCUCUUUUCUCAUGAUACUUCAGCUACUACCAACCUGACGCUCUACUACCAGUGCUCUACUACUUCAUCUCUUUUUCCAAUUCAGCCGGCGUAUGGUUUUUCGUUUACUUGCGCCGGAGACGCUACCGGCUUUACCAAUUACUAUUCGAGAUCCUUGAUUGCAAGCACGUUAUUGGGGGUGUGCGAGUACAACGUUAAAGUUCCAGUAGUAACUGAAGCAGGCAUUUUAACUACUGAAGAUUUACUGAAGGAAGCUAUUGAUGGUGGGUUCACGGUGGGGUGGAAUGCAAAUAACAGAAUGUGCGAUAGAUGUGAUGGGUCCGGUGGGCGGUGUGGGUUCAACACCAGCACGAAUGCUUUCGCUUGCCACUGUAAAACUGGGUCUUUUCCAUCAACGUGUGAUGAAUCAGAUGGAUCAUCUACCAGGCUCAAUUGGUGGCUUAUCAUGACCAUUGGUUUGGCAGGAAUUGCAGUUCUCUCUUUUGUGAUUAUCUGCAGUGUUAAGAGAGGAUACUUAUCAAAUAAUUCAAUGGUCUGGUGGAAAAGAGAUGCAAAGAAUGAUCAUUUCACUGCAGAGGAAAUCCUAAGGAAUUUUGGAUCAAUGGCCCCAAAGCGAUAUACUUAUUCUGAUGUGAAGAAACUGACCAACUCAUUCAAAUAUAAAGUAGGACAAGGAGGAUAUGGUGUGGUAUUCAAAGGGGAGCUACCUGAUGGGCAUAUUGUAGCAGUGAAAGUCUUGGGCGAGUCCAAAGGUAAUGGAGAAGAAUUUAUAAAUGAAGUGGCUAGCAUUAGUAGAACAUCACAUGUCAAUAUAGUCACUCUUUUGGGUUUUUGCUAUGAGAGGACUAAAAGAGCUCUAAUCUAUGAAUUUGUGCAAAAUGGAUCUCUUGAUAAGUUCAUACAUGAGAAAGGAUCUUCAAUCACAAAUUGUUACUUGGACAGCAAGACCAUGUUCCAAAUUGCAGUUGGCAUUGCUCGAGGACUAGAAUAUUUACACCGAGGUUGUAGGACUAGGAUUCUGCAUUUUGACAUAAAACCUCACAAUAUACUUUUGGAUGAGAAUUUGUGCCCAAAAAUCUCUGAUUUUGGUCUUGCUAAACUAUGCAAAACAAAAGAUAUCAGUAUUGUGUCAAUGACGGGCAUAAGAGGAACUGCAGGAUAUAUUGCCCCUGAAGUAUUUAGUCAAUUCUUUGGCGGAGUCUCUCACAAGUCUGACGUCUACAGUUAUGGCAUGUUGGUUCUUGAAAUGGUUGCGGGAAGGAAAAAUCUUGAUGAUGGGGUGCUCUCUCAUAGCAGUGAAAAUUAUUUUCCUAACUGGAUUUAUGACAAACUUGAAAAGGGUGAGACUUGUGAUACUUCUGGGAUUACAGACGAUGAUCAAGACAACAUGAUAAAAAGGAUGAUAAUGGUGAGUUUGUGGUGCAUUCAGACUAAUCCUUCAGAUCGGCCAUCAAUGGGUAAGGUGAUAGAGAUGUUAGGAUGUAACUCUGAAUUACCUCAAUUUCCACCAAAACCUUUCCUGAACUCUCCUACGAGGUCGGCUUAACAUGAUUCUUCCACCAGUACUACUUCGUAAUACUCAUAAACUGCAACACCUAAAAUGGAUAGAGUUGCAUCAGAGGAUUCAGAUUUUUUGAAUGAUCAAGUGAUUGUGUUGACAUUUCGAUUUGAA